AUGGGGUGGAACCAAAACCAAAAUCAGGCGCAAGGGGUUAACCAAUACCGUUCUCAAGGGCAUGGGCAACAAUACUACAAUCCUAACCAAAGCUCAAAUUCUAGUGCACCAAAAGGGGGAAUAACCAAUGAAGAACUACUCCAAAAGCUCAUGACUGAAAUAGGGACCAAAUUAAAUUCUAGAUUAGAUAAGCAGGAUGAGAACAUUAGAAACAUCCAGAUGUCCCAAAUGAGUUUAGAGAAACAAGUUGUGCAAGUGGCUAAUUCCUUGAACUUGCGUCCUCUGGGAGGGCUUCCCGGUGAUACUAAGACAAAUCCAAAGCAAUUGCAUGCGGUAAGUAGUAGAAGUGGGCUGCAAUUAGAGGAACUAGCUCCAAAGAAAAGAGACAUUGAGGUUAGUAACAAAGAAAAGAAGGUGGAAGAGGUAGUAAAAAGCUCCAAUGUUGAGGUACCCAUUCCUCAAAAGAAAUUACCACCUCCAUUUCCACAAAGGCUGAAAAAGCAGAAUGAAGAUGAAUGCUUUGCUCAAGGAUCCAAAAACAGAUUGCCCAAAAAGUUAAAAGAUCUGGGUAGUUUUACUGUGCAGAUUACAAUUGGGCAAAGUGUUCAUGCCCGAGGGUUGUGUGAUUUGGGGGCAAGUAUAAAUUUAAUGCCUCUAUCUUUAUAUCAAAAGCUUGGGUUAGGUAGUCCAAAGCGAACCACUGUUAUUCUCCAACCUGCAGAUAGAUCCAUUGCUAGGACAGAGGGGGCGGUAGAAGAUGUGUUAGUGCAAGUAGGUUCAUUGAUUUUUCCGGUAGAUUUUGUGGUCUUAGACUUUGAAGCCGAUUCUGAAGUUCCAUGCAUUCAUUUUGGGACAACCUUUCUUGGCCACGGGUAG